UCCUCUUUGAAACUACAGCAGUGCUAUUUCUCCGUAGCUUCACUCGAGUAAUUGCCGUUCAAUAUCGUACGCGAUCGCUCAAUUCAAAUUAACAUUUAAAAUUAAAAAUUUUUAAAAACCCACCCCUUUUUAAAUUACCCGCCACUCUCGACACUAAAGUGACUACGUUUAAAAAAAAAAUAUUAACAAGAUCAAGUGAUUUGUGAAAGAUUCAGCAUUUAUGUAAUCGCGGAAUUUUAUGUCUGAAGAAUAUAAAAAUAAGUUACGGAUUUUAAAAAAAUUAAUCGGAUCCCGGAGAUCAAGGGUCACUGUAAGCAACCAAGUUCACGACCUUCAGAUUGUCAGUUAUAAUGUAUUAUAAUUAUCAACACUUGGAUUAUUAUUAUUGUUGUUAUUAUUUUAAUAAUAUUGUGACUUGUUGAACAACAAUAAAUGUUUAUAGCAACCCUAUUUAUUUGAAGAAUAGGGUUUUUUUUUUGUUUACAAGUGUGUCAAGUGAUGAAACCCGGUUUCGAAAUUCUUAAAAUAAUUUUAGUGACGUUAAAAAUUUGUGAAGUAAUUUUAUAUCGGAAUGUGCUUUAAGAUUAAGAGUUUUUAAAAUUUUUUUAUGAGUUAUUAUAUUUCUAACACGGACUUUAGAAUGGUAUCUCAUGUGCUUUCACCUUCUGGGGACAUACAGCAAGACAGUCUGGGAAGUCCUAGUUUAAGUAGCCUACAAGAUUCACCGCAUUCAUUGAAAAUAAAGCAAGAACCUUAUCAGUUAUCGCCAUCACUUCCUGCCCUUCAUCAAGUAAGUAAUUAUGUAACAGACAUGUCUACAGGAUGUAUGAGUACACCAAAAGACUUAGAUAUGACAGUUAAUAAUUUUACACGAAGCCUAACGUCUCACUCGCAUUCGCUGGACCAUCUUCACAAUCAUUUAAAUCACAGCAGUCCAAGAUCGGCAAUAUCAAUGCACUCAACAAGUUCUUUACAUUCGUCGUCGCAUCAUCAUCAUCAUCACUGCGAUGACAAAACGGGUGCAUCGCCGCCAGUUAUUCUCCACAGCUCAACAUCCACCAGUACCAAAACUUCAAGCUCUUCAACGCCGAAUGCCUCAUCCACAACCGCUAACAAUAACAACCCUACAUCAGCCAAUAACAGUGAAGCCAGUACCACCGGAUCUAUUUCAAAUAGCAAUGAGGCUUCCUCGACGUUAAUAAAACCUCCUUAUAGUUACGUCGCUUUGAUCGCAAUGGCGAUUAAUCAUACUCAGCAUAAACGAGCAACGUUAAGUGAAAUUUAUUCAUACAUUACCAAUAAAUUUCCUUAUUAUGAAAAAAAUAAAAAAGGCUGGCAAAAUUCAAUCAGGCAUAAUCUUUCGUUGAAUGAAUGUUUUGUUAAAGUACCAAGAGAAGGUGGUGGUGAACGUAAAGGAAAUUUUUGGACUCUUGAUCCACAAUUUGAUGACAUGUUUGAAAAUGGUAAUUACAAAAGACGUAAACGUAUGAAGAGACCAUACAGAGGUACAUCAUAUCAUCAUAAAACAUUAUUUGGUGAACCUUAUCCAACGGGUCAUGUUCAUAUUGGAGCAACUCGUAACCUGUUUGCACAUUCGCCACCUUCUUAUGCACCAACUGCAUAUACGAGAUAUGAUACCAGCUCGUGGAGUCUCCCUCAACCUCAGUUGUCAUACAGCCACUGUCAAGCGCUCCAACCCCAGCUACAGCCAAUGCAGUCGAUGCAAAUUCCCGCGAUGAAUGGAUACGGACAAUUUAAUUCUUUAACGUUUCAAGGAAAUUACAUCGACGUUUCAGGUAGUACCACCAGUUCACCGGGUUCUAUGCCCAGCGGUUCAUUUGUAGGAAAUAAUUUCGGUAGUUGUUCAAGACGUCACGACACAUCGGUCACUGCUGAUACCAUGUCCGGAAGAUGUUCUUAUUGGCCAGAUAUGAUCAAUGUAAAAGAAGAACCCGGAAGUUCAACAGUUACGUCCGGCGGGCUUGGAUCUAUUGGUGUUGGCAGUACGAUGGUCGGCUCCCCGAUGUCAGCCAACGUCUCAUCAACAGGAUUCCCAAACAUGGAUUUCCAAAGUCGUCCCAAGUGUUACAUGUGAAUUAUCAACGGACCCAUUGUAAUUUAAUCAUAACUCAAUUUUAAAAAAUCAAAGCCAUUGAGAACUUUAUCCGUCGGCAAAUUAAAUUUACCCUUAUUUUUUUUUAUCAUUUAUACGUAAGGAAAUUUGUUGUUUAUUUUUUUUCAACCCGAAAAAAAAUCACCAACUGUUCAAGUAAUUUUAAUUAUCAAUUAAGAUAGUGAGUAAUUUUAAUUAUUAUUUAAGAUAUUCAUUUAUAUUGAAAACUUUAAUUAUUAAAGAUGUAAAUGUAUUAUAAUCAUUUAAAUAUUAUUAUUAUUUAAAAUUUAAUUAAAGAUAGAUUUUAUUUAUUACUGUGACCAAUAAAUUAAAAAAAAUCUGAGGGCAGAUUCAUGACAAAUAUGAUAAAGAGACAAAAUCUAUUUAAAUUAUCUCGAUAAUUUAAGUUUAUUACAUUCAUGUAUGCAAUUAUAUAAAUAAUGU